AUGCCUCAAACAAAGUCAGGAAGGCGAAGGAGAUCGAGCAGCCUCAUCUACCAGGAGCCCCCCGAGUCCAUCGAGCAAUCCAGUGACCAGGCCGCCCUGCCGAACCUGAACGCCAACUGGGUCAAUGCCAAGGGUGCCUGGACCAUCCAUUUCGUCCUGAUUGCUGCCUUGAAGAUCUUCUAUGACAUCAUCCCGGGGGUCUCGCAGGAGACGUCGUGGACGCUCACCAACAUCACCUACAUGUUCGUCACCUUCAUUAUGUUCCACUGGGUGCGAGGAAUCCCGUUCGAGUUCAAUGCCGGUGCCUACGACAAUCUCAACAUGUGGGAGCAAAUCGACAACGGGGAUCAGUACACGCCGGCCAAGAAGUUCCUGCUCAGUGUACCAAUCCUUCUAUUUCUCCUGAGCACUCAUUAUACACACUAUGACCUGACCUAUUUCCUCAUCAACUUUCUUGCAACAUUGGGUGUCGUCAUCCCGAAACUGCCGAUGUCUCAUCGGUUGCGGAUAGGCUUGUUCUCGGAUAUCCCAGACGACUCCUAG